GCGGGCGGGCCAGCGGCUUGGGAUUUUCGUUGCACACAGAGCGAGAGAGAGAAGAGAGUCCCCGGCUCCUCCAAACAGGUGUUCAGAAUGGCAGACACACAGACUUUGAUGGAGAGACUGGAAAAUGCUGUAGUGAAGCUUGAAUUGUUGUUGUCAAAUUCACUCAAGGUUGCUGGAAUGGAGUUUGGAACUGUCAAUGGAGUCAAUGGAGGUGUAGCACCAUAUGUUCAAGCUUUCGACAGACUCCUAAAUGGUAGCGUAGCUGAGUUUCUAAGGAACAGUAAGAUCCUUGAUGGUGAUGUGAAGAUACAUGCAGAAAUGGUUCGUGCGGCUUUUCAAGCAGAAAGAACAUUUCUCUUGUUAACCUCACAAUAUCAAGAACCUCAGGAGAGUGAAGUAGCCAUUCUUCUAAAACCAAUAUCAGAUAAGAUCCAGGAAAUUCAGACGUUCCGAGAGAGAAACCGAGGAAGUAAAAUGUUUAAUCAUCUGUCCGCUGUUAGUGAAAGUGUACCAGCUCUUGGGUGGAUAGCAGUGGCUCCUAAACCAGGGCCAUAUGUCAAAGAGAUGAAUGACGCUGCUACCUUUUAUACUAACAGGGUGUUAAAAGACUACAAACAUAGUGACUUGCGACAUGUUGAUUGGGUGAAGUCCUAUUUGAAUAUCUGGACGGAGCUUCAAGUGUACAUCAAAGAAUAUCAUACUACUGGGCUUACUUGGAGUAGUACUGGCCCAAUGGCCUCAGCAGCAUCUCUGCUUUCUACGCUAACAAGCAACCAGAGUCCUCCUCCACCACCCCCUCCUCCCCCUCCGCCGCCACCACCAGGACCUCCUCCUGUCUUUGACGCUGAAAAUGCAAAAGAUGACACCACUACAACUCGCUCAGCCUUAUUUGCCCAGCUGAACCAGGGAGAAGCAAUUACCAGAGGACUUCGCCAUGUCUCUGAUGACCAGAAAACCCAUAAGAAUCCCAGACUUCGUGCCCAAGGGACACCUGUUCGUUCUCCUACAAGAAACUAUACUUCAACUCCAUCUACGCCCAAAACACCUCCUCAACAGAGCCACUGUCCUGUGUUAGAACUUGAGGGAAAGAAGUGGAGGGUGGAAUACCAGGAAGACAAGAAUGACCUUUUAAUUACUGACACUGAACUCAAGCAAGUUGCUUACAUUUUCAAGUGCAACAAAUCUACAUUACAGAUGAAAGGAAAAAUCAAUUCCAUUACACUUGACAACUGCAAAAAGUUUGGCCUUGUGUUUGACAAUGUUGUGGGUAUUGUUGAAGUGAUCAAUUCCAAGGAUAUUCAGAUACAGGUAUUGGGGAAAGUGCCAACCAUUUCAAUUAAUAAGACCGAAGGCUGCCAUAUAUACCUCAGUGAAGAAUCAUUAGACUGUGAGAUUGUGAGUGCGAAGUCAUCUGAAAUGAACAUCCUUAUUCCACAGGAUGGUGACUAUAAAGAAUUUCCUGUUCCUGAACAGUUCAAAACAUCAUGGGAUGGAUCCAAGCUGGUAACUGAUCCUACAGAGAUUGUUGGUUAACUUGCUAAUGCCAACCAUAAACCAUUGACCACAAUCUCUAAAGAAAUUCAGCCUCAAGAAAACAGCAGCAUGAAGAACUAGCGCUAGUUUGUUACUACAGUUAUAGGCCUUCAAAAGGCUACUUUUGUGCCCUUGAAACCAUAGGCUGCAUUACAUAUGCUGUUUUUCCUCUAUACAGAUCCUCUCUGUGUAGGAAAAAAAACCAUGUAUACCGAUAUACACACAAGUUUGAGAAUGGCAUUCACGUUUCUUUUGCCAUGGUUAUAGGUGUCUGGAAGCCACUCUGUACAGCCCAGUACACUUUUUCUGUAAGCAUCCUGAUAAUACUUACAACAUCCAGUUUGUCUUUCUUUGCAGAUAGAUUCUACAUGAUGUCACGUAAAUGUAUAAAGAUUUUUUAAAUUACUCCGUUCAGGUUAUUGGCUGUUUCACUGCAUACAAAAAGCCAAAAGUCUGCAUGAUAUACUUUGUCACAUGUUUCAGUGCAUUCCUUUUUAUGCUUCAGCUGGUCAAAAAUAUUCUUAAUAUGGUGAGAUAUUUUUAGGUUUGAAAGCAUUAAUGUAUUAUAUAGUGAAGCUGGACCCCAGGAAGUCUGUAGUUCUUCAUGUUUUUAAAGAAAAAACAGGAAAAAUGCAACUCUGAGCAAUACAGUUGAAAAUAAAAACUAGAUGUUGUACUUACAUAUUUCCUUAAUCCAUCCCUGUUUUUUUCAACCAGGGUGAGUUUACAGGUAUCAUCAGUUUUGAUCCAUUUUGUUUUUUUCAUUAGUUUAAACAUAUUUCUAGAAAGCACUACUUUAACAACAGUCUAUUUUAAUAGGUAUUUCACUUUUCUGCUGAUCCCUGUACUAUUUCCGUUCUCUUCAGCCAUGUCUUUUUCACACAGUAUUUAAUAUCCUAACCUGGACAACUAAGUACUCAUUAUUUAAGGCACUUACUAAAUGUUAAAACUUAAAAAGAAACUUGGGUCUGUCAGAUGCUGCUGUUUUCUUAUUUAAUAAUUUGGAAGGGACCAGAAGACUAUUAAAAGCAGUCUAUUCCAGCAGAGGUGACCUGUUGGGACUUUACCAAAUAUAAUGAAGAUAUGGUAAGGAGUAACCGUUUCCCACGUAAGGGGCAAAAAUUGUUUUCAGAUGUUUUAGGGGAUACACCACACAUUAUAUACAUCUCUUAGUUUCCUAUAUAAUAUUCCUGUUAUGCCUGCAGGCUUGUGCUCCUCAUCCUUAAACCUUUAUUGCUAGACGGCACCAACUUCUAGCACAUGAUCAACUGUAAGGCAGUCGGUUUUUGCAAUAAAAUACACUUCCAGACUUCUGCCUGAGCAUUAGAGCAGCCCCCAAUAAUACUGAACUUGAACAUGCCAGUUGUAGAUCUUAUUUUGUGUGGGUGUGUGUAUUGGGUGGGUGUAAUUCUGCUUUUAUUUCUAUUUGUAAAUUGUGCAUGCAAAUCUUCAAAAAGCCAUAGAUUACUUCUGAAUGAAUUCUGAACUCAGACUAAAUGUAUUUCAUUCUGAGGGACUGAGACUUGAGUAACUCCAUCUUGUUUAUUUUUAACACUAACGUGAAGUAUAGUACAUCCUGUAUAAUUUCAGCACACAGUACUUUGACAUAUUAUUUUGAUGACUUGUAAUACUUUGUAACAGUGAACUAAUGGUAAUAUGCUUUGCAGAACUAGAUCAGGGCAUAAAUAGUGCCUACCGCACCUUACAAGGUACAAAACUCCUUCAAUUUUAGAUUAUAUCAAUUGUAAUAGCUAUACUGUAUUACAACAAAUAGCGCUCAUCCAAUAAGAUUUUGCUAUCUAACGGUUGAUCUGUGUAAAAUGUUGUGGCUUUAGUACAUGCCAUUUUUCAAUAGUAAACUUCUAACAUGAAUAAAAAUAAAACUGUAACUUGUUUAAAUAUA